GACAGACAGGUGAGAGAGGGAGAGAGAGGUGAGGGGGAGAGAAAGAUAGAGAGACGGGUGAGUUUUUAUUUCAUCUGAAAUAAUAUUCUGUUUAUAUUUUAUAAAAAAGGAGUUUCUGGAGUUUUUCAAGUUUUUUUUAAUUAUAAAUAUUUUUCUAUUAGUUGAAAGAAUCUCAAGUUUUUAUUGUAAAUAUUUUUGGACCAGAUGAAGACUACAGCUCCCAGCAUGCCCUGCAGCAGCUCUACAGUGGACCAGAUGAGGACUACAGCUCCCAGCAUGCCCUGCAGCAGCUCUACAGUGGACCAGAUGAAGACUACAGCUCCCAGCAUGCCCUGCAGCAGCUCUACAGUGGACCAGAUGAGGACUACAGCUCCCAGCAUGCCCUGCAGCAGCUCUACAGUGGACCAGAUGAGGACUACAGCUCCCAGCAUGCCCUGCAGCAGCUCUACAGUGGACCAGAUGAGGACUACAGCUCCCAGCAUGCCCUGCAGCAGCUCUACAGUGGACCAGAUGAGGACUAGAGCUCCCAGCAUGCCCUGCAGCAGCUCUACAGUGGACCAGAUGAGGACUACAGCUCCCAGCAUGCCCUGCAGCAGCUCUACAGUGGACCAGAUGAGGACUACAGCUCCCAGCAUGCCCUGCAGCAGCUAUACAGUGGACCAGAUGAGGACUACAGCUCCCAGCAUGCCCUGCAGCAGCUCUACAGUGGACCAGAUGAGGACUACAGCUCCCAGCAUGCCCUGCAGCAGCUCUACAGUGGACCAGAUGAGGACUACAGCUCCCAGCAUGCCCUGCAGCAGCUCUACAGUGGACCAGAUGAGGACUAGAGCUCCCAGCAUGCCCUGCAGCAGCUCUACAGUGGACCAGAUGAGGACUACAGCUCCCAGCAUGCCCUGCAGCAGCUCUACAGUGGACCAGAUGAGGACUAGAGCUCCCAGCAUGCCCUGCAGCAGCUCUACAGUGGACCAGAUGAGGACUAGAGCUCCCAGCAUGCCCUGCAGCAGCUCUACAGUGGACCAGAUGAGGACUACAGCUCCCAGCAUGCCCUGCAGCAGCUCUACAGUGGACCAGAUGAGGACUAGAGCUCCCAGCAUGCCCUGCAGCAGCUCUACAGUGGACCAGAUGAGGACUACAGCUCCCAGCAUGCCCUGCAGCAGCUCUACAGUGGACCAGAUGAGGACUACAGCUCCCAGCAUGCCCUGCAGCAGCUCUACAGUGGACCAGAUGAGGACUACAGCUCCCAGCAUGCCCUGCAGCAGCUCUACAGUGGACCAGAUGAGGACUACAGCUCCCAGCAUGCCCUGCAGCAGCUCUACAGUGGACCAAAUGAGGACUACAGCUCCCAGCAUGCCCUGCAGCAGCUCUACAGUGGACCAGAUGAGGACUACAGCUCCCAGCAUGCCCUGCAGCAGCUAUACAGUGGACCAGAUGAGGACUACAGCUCCCAGCAUGCCCUGCAGCAGCUCUACAGUGGACCAGAUGAGGACUACAGCUCCCAGCAUGCCCUGCAGCAGCUCUACAGUGGACCAGAUGAGGACUAGAGCUCCCAGCAUGCCCUGCAGCAGCUCUACAGUGGACCAAAUGAGGACUACAGCUCCCAGCAUGCCCUGCAGCAGCUCUACAGUGGACCAGAUGAGGACUACAGCUCCCAGCAUGCCCUGCAGUGGACCAGAUGAGGACUACAGCUCCCAGCAUGCCCCUCAGUACCUGCUCCCACCAGCUCCAGGCACUGGUCCUUGGUCAUGUUGG